AUUUUACUUGGGAGGCAUUCAAGGAGGCUAUGAGGGAAAGAUUUUAUCCCGAACAUGUCAAAGCAGAGAAAUACGAGGAGUUUUUGUAUCUCAAACAAGGAGAUAUGACUGUCCAAGACUAUUACGCCAAGUUUGUGGCGUUAGCUCGGUUUGCACGUGCUCUAGUACCGGACGAGAACAGCAAGGCCCGAAAAUUCAUCCAUGGCCUCAAUUUCGACACUCAGAAGGCUGUAAGCGUGCUAGGGUGCCAGACGUUGAACGAAGCCUAUACGAAGGCUGCUCUCCACUAUAGGAUACAACGACUUCAGCGUGAUGCUUACAAAAGGAACAAAAGAGGUGAUGACGGUGACCAACCACAUAGGGGGAAAAGAGGUAGACCCAAUCCCCCUGAACAGCAAACACAAUGGCGGGGAGGUGAUCGCAAUGGCAAUCAAGGAGAAAGGAACUUCCAAGGGAAGGGUCCGACGGGUGAACGAUACUAUCAUUGCAAGUUAUGCCAAAAGAAUCAUCCUGGACGCGAUUGUGCGGGCAAUGCUGUGAAGUGUUACGAAUGUGGCCGGAUGGGCCACAGAGCAUAUGAGUGUCACGUGGGGAAAGGGAAGGCUCCCCAGAACCAAAGCCAAAUCAACAAGGGAGGCAAUCAUGGAGGAAAUAGACCAGGAGGCGCAGAGAAUCCUAACCACAACACUCGUGGGAAUGGGGGAAACCACAAGGGCAACAACAACGCCCCUAACCAAGGCAAGAUCUACGUGAUGAAUCAAGCUCAAGCUAAUGUCUGUGACGUGGUUUCAGGAGGUGAUCAUGUUGAUUUUGAUGCUGGAAUGUUUGAGAGCGCGAAUUAGAAGACCUUAUCGUAGUUCACCAGAAUAAACUUUAAUAUUUGCUUAUGAUUCGAACAUCUUGAUUUUUAUCUAAACUCAUGUUUUGGUAGAUAGCCUUAACAUCCAACCAUUCACGGAUUGGAUGUGGCGGUGACAUACCCCUUUCCUUUAUUUUACUUAUUUC